AUGAGGACAACAACCCUCAUUUUUCUCUCAUUUCACUUCUCCACUCUCUUCCUUUGCCUAAGUUAUGCAAAGUCCCAGGCCUAUGAUCCGGAACAAGCAAUCCUGCUAAGGAUAAGGCAAUACUGGCAAAGUCCACCUCCUCUUAAUCAAUGGUCCCCUUCCACUUCCUCCUCUCAUUGCUCUUGGCCAGGAGUCGAGUGUAUAAACAGCUCCAUCACCGGACUUCAUUUUACCAACAUGAACAUCAUAGGAACGAUCCCUCCAUUCAUUUGUGACCUCAAGAACCUCACAGUUCUUGAUUUUUAUAACAACAGCUUCGUUGGAAUGUUCCCUGUGGCUCUCUUUAGUUGUUCCAAGCUCCAGUACCUGAGCCUCUCUCAAAACUACUUUGCUGGCGCAAUUCCUGAGGAUAUUGAUGGCUUUUCCGGGCUCUCAGUCCUUGACCUUUCUGGUAAUAACUUCACUGGUAAUGUUCCAGCAGCUAUUGGAUGUCUUCAGGAGCUAAAAAAACUUGGGCUUGAUCAGAAUCAGUUUAAUGGUACUUACCUUCCAGAAAUUGGCAACUUGUCUAACCUUGAAGAGCUAUCCAUGGCCUACAACGAUUUUCUACCCUCAAGUUUGCCUUUCAGUUUCACCCAGCUGAAGCAACUCAGGUGGUUGUGGAUGUCUGCUUCAAAUCUGAUUGGAGAGAUUCCAGAAACUGUAGGAGAAAUGGUGGCACUGGAGCACUUGGAUUUAUCAAGGAAUAAAUUAGAAGGCAAUAUCCCCAGUAGUUUGUUCGUGUUGAAGAACUUGAGUAUCCUGUAUCUUUUCAGGAACAGGCUAUGUGGGGAGAUUCCUCAUGUUGUUGAAGCUUUGAAAUUAGUUGAACUCGACCUUUCACAUAACAAUUUGACAGGGAAAAUACCUGAUGAUUUCGGAAAGCUUCAGAAUCUAUCAGUCUUGAAUCUGUUCUACAAUCAAUUAUCUGGUGAAAUCCCAGAAAGUGUUGGUCGUCUUCCAGCAUUGAAAAGGAUUAGCUUGUUUAGCAACAAUUUAUCAGGAGUUCUCCCUCCAGAAUUGGGCAGACACUCAAUGCUUGAAACUGUCGAGGCUUCAUCCAACAAGCUUACUGGAAGGCUGCCUGAAUUUAUAUGCAAUGGAGGAAAGUUAGUAGAAGUGGCAGCCUUCGAUAACAAUCUCCAUGGAGAGUUGCCAGAAUCACUUGGGAAUUGCAGUAGUUUGCUGAUGGUUAGUAUUUCACAUAAUUCAUUUACUGGCAAUGUUCCUGUUGGCCUAUGGACAUCUUCGAAUUUGAUCAAUCUGAUGCUAAGCGACAAUUUGCUCGCGGGUGAGCUUCCUGAUGAAGUAUCAGAGAAUCUUAAAAGGCUAGGGAUCAGUAACAACAGGUUUUCUGGUAAAAUCCCCAUUGGUGCUUCUUGGAGGAAUCUCAUGGUGUUUAAUGCCAGUAAUAACUUGUUUUCUGGCAUUGUCCCUCAAGAAUUAACUGCUCCUCCUCUUCUCACUACUCUUCUGCUUGAUAGGAACCAGCUCAGUGGAGCCAUUCCAUCUGAUAUAGUCUCAUGGAAGUCAUUAACUACACUGAAUAUGAGUCAAAAUCAACUUCCAGGACAAAUUCCAAAGGAAAUUGGUUUUCUACCUAAUCUUCUACAACUGGACUUGUCAGGUAACCGAUUUUCCGGCCAAAUUCCACCUGAGUUUAGCUCCCUGAAGGGUACUUUUCUGAAUCUCUCUUCGAAUAAUCUCACAGGGGAAAUCCCAAUCAGUUUAGAAAACACUGCUUAUAAAAGCAGCUUCCUGAACAAUCCUGGUCUCUGUACCAGAAGCUCAUUGCUAAGCCUUAAUCUAUGCCAUUCCAAUACCCAAAAAUCAAUAAAAAGUUCAACCCAAUUCAUAGCUCUGAUAUCAAGUAUUUUGGCAACAGCCUUUGUGUUAGUUUUGCUACUCUCAUUAUUUCUUAUCAGAGUCUACCAAAAGAAGCCCAUACUAAAUUCACCAUGGAAGCUCACCUCAUUUCAGAAGCUGGAUUUCACAGAAUCAGAUAUAUUGCCAGGUUUAACAGAAACCAACCUGAUAGGAACCGGAGGAUCAGGAAAAGUAUACCGUGUUGCUGUGCAGCAAUCAGGUCUUGUUGCUGUGAAAAGAAUUCGGAGCGACAAGAAGUUAGACCAGAAACUUGAGAAACAAUUCCAUGCAGAAGUUCAGAUACUUGGUAGAAUAAGGCAUUUCAACAUAGUGAAGCUGCUUUGUUGUAUCUGCAAUGAAGAUUCAAAACUUCUCGUCUAUGAAUAUAUGGAGAGAAGUAGCCUGGAUCAAUGGCUCCAUGUGAAGAAGAGAUUAACAAAUGUCUCAGGUUCAGCCUGCUUGGACUGGCCGAGGAGGUUCCAGAUAGCAGUGGGAGCCGCCCGGGGCUUAUCCUACCUCCACCAUGACUGCUCUCCCCCCAUUAUUCACCGAGAUGUGAAGUCAAGCAAUAUCUUGCUAGAUUCUGAUUUCAAUGCAAAAAUUGCUGAUUUUGGUUUGGCCAAGCUGUUGGCUGAGAAAGGAGAAGCUUCAGCAUCUGUCAUGGCUGGCACUGUCGGCUAUAUAGCUCCGGAGUAUGCCAACACAGUGAAAGUGAACGAGAAAAUUGAUGUUUACAGCUUUGGGGUUGUCCUUCUUGAACUAACAACUGGGAAGGAGGCUCAUUUUGGAGAUGAAGAUACAUGCCUAGCAAAAUGGGCAUGGCGUCACAUGAGUGAAGAAAGACCUAUAGUGAAUGCUCUGGACAAGGAGAUCACUGAAUCUUCUUACUUAGAUGAAAUGAUAAUUGUUUUCAAACUUGGGGUUAAGUGUACAAGCAAAAUGCCUUCUGAUAGACCUUCCAUGAGAAACAAUUCCAUGCAGAAUUUCAGAUACUUGGUAGAACAAGGCAUUCCUGAUCCUCCGGUUCCUAUCAGGUUGGUUUCUGUUAAACCUGAUUCUGUGAAAUCCAACUUCUGA